AUGGCACGGGACUCGAAUACCGCUUCAAAAUCCUCAUCGCAAAGUGUUCUUCCAGCUGGCACAACCAAUACUGUGAAGAGUGCCGGAGAGAGAAAGAUUAUUUCCAGCAAGGCAAUCGCGAAGACAGCAGGGCAAACGGAAGCAGCACCCGCUACUCAACAACAUGCAUCUGCGCCACAAGUUCAGUUGUCAACAUUUCCACAAGAUGCCAACAGAAUGACGCACUUCGUCUCAUUGCCGAUUGUAAAUCCAAGCAUCUUGCAGAAUGUUGCCAGAAUCCAACAGUCGCUGAUGAAGUCACACCCAAUCUUACGAAGUGGAAUGAUCGACAUCACCAAAUUGCACAUCUCUCUUGCUGUGUUCCGAUGUGACAACGAUGAUGCUCUUUCUAGAGUCCGCAAGGCUCUGCAAGCAAGAGCCCAAGAUAUCAUCGAGUGUGUGAAGAAUCGAGAGGGUUCAAACGUCUCUUCUCUUAAGGUUGCAGGUCUUUCAAUGUUCGGGAACCAAGUCCUCUGGUUGAAGAUUUCAGAUCACGAAUUCUUGCAGAGGAUUUCAUCUAUUGUUUUGGAGGCGGUGAAGAGCGCUGGUAAUGGAGUGAAGCUUGCCUCUACCAGCGGGGACAAUCAAUUCCAUCUGACCAUCUGGAAGCUCAGCAAGAUGAAAGACCUGAAAGUGGUGCGCAGGACGUUGAUGCAAAUUUCCAACACCCUGGUCUACAAUCAGUGGGCUAAUCGGGGCUUUGGUGAAGAGAAACUCGCAGCGAUUCACUUGUGCGCCAUGUCAGGAGGAGGGAGGACUGGGCAGGGACGUCUAUACAAAGUAGAGAGCUUCAUUAAGCUCGCUGCUUCCUCCUCGUGCCUACCUUCAGUCGUCUCCUGGAAUUGCAAUUACUCAAGAGACUACCAGAAGGCCUCGGAAGACGAAGCAAGAUACCAGCUUUCGGUAAGCUCUCAGCGUGGUAAACCUAGCUGGACCUCCAUGCCUUCAGUCGUCUCCUGGUUUCCUCAGACUAGAAAGGGCAAACGGCCUCCUCCUCCUUCCAACUCUAGCAAUCAGAAGAUCGAGCGGAGGUAUGGCGCCUGGAGCAGCAUGCCGUCUGUGGUCUCGUGGUUCUCUACGGGAGGGAGCAAGAGUCCAGCUAAGAAACGAUGA